AUGCUGAGGCUUUCGAAUUUGCCAAAGCUUGCCCCCAAGCUUGCACGUCGGUUUGCAACAUCUGCUUUACCAAAAACCGAAACUACAACCCUGAAAAAUGGAUUAACCAUUGCUACUGAACAUCAUCCUUAUGCUCAAACAGCCACCGUCCUCGUCGGUGUUGAUGCUGGAUCAAGAGCAGAGACCGAAAAAAACAACGGAGCUGCUCAUUUCCUUGAGCAUUUGGCUUUCAAGGGCACCAAAAACCGCUCCCAACGUGCUCUUGAGCUCGAGUUUGAAAAUACCGGUGCUCAUUUGAAUGCUUACACUUCUCGUGAGCAAACCGUUUACUAUGCCCAUGCUUUCAAGGAGGCUGUUCCCAAGACCGUCGCUGUUUUGGCUGACAUCUUAACCAACUCUAGCAUUUCCUCUGCCGCCGUCGAACGCGAGCGUCAAGUCAUUUUACGCGAACAAGAGGAGGUCGACAAAAUGGCUGAUGAGGUUGUUUUUGACCAUUUGCAUGCUACUGCCUACCAAGGUCAAGCUUUGGGUCGUACCAUUUUGGGCCCCAAGAGAAACAUCGAGUCUUUAACCCGUGAUGACCUUCUUACGUACAUCAAGGACAACUACCGUAGCGACCGCAUGAUUCUUGCUGCCGCUGGCUCUAUCUCCCACGAAGAACUCGUCAAGCUUGCUGAAAAGUACUUUGGCCAUUUGGAACCUUCUACCGAACAACUCUCUCUUGGUGCUCCUCGUGGUCCUCAACCCCGCUUUGUCGGUUCUGAGGUCCGUAUUCGUGAUGAUUACUCUCCCACCGCCAACAUUGCUAUUGCCGUUGAAGGUAUGAGCUGGAAGCAUCCCGACUACUUUGUUGGUUUGGUUAUGCAAGCUAUCAUCGGUAACUGGGAUCGUGCUAUGGGUGCUUCUCCCCACAUGGCUUCCCGUUUGAGCUCCGUUGUCCAACAAGAUCAAUUGGCCAACAGCUUUAUGAGCUUCAGCACCAGUUACAGCGACACCGGUUUAUGGGGUAUUUACUUGGUAACUGAGAAUCUUGGACGUAUCGACGACUUGGUUCACUUUACCCUCCAAAACUGGGCUCGUCUUACUGUUGCCACUCGUGCUGAAGUUGAGCGUGCCAAGGCUCAACUUCGCGCUUCUCUUCUCCUUUCUUUGGAUUCCACCACCGCUAUUGCUGAAGACAUUGGUCGCCAAUUGCUCACUACUGGACGUCGUAUGAGCCCUCAAGAGGUUGACAUGCGUAUUGAGCAAAUCACUGAGCAUGAUGUUGCCCGUGUUGCCAACGAGAUGAUUUGGGAUAAGGAUGUUGCCAUUUCUGCUGUUGGUGCUAUUGAAGGCCUUUUGGAUUACAACCGUGUUCGUAGCAGUAUCUCUAUGAACCGUUGGUAA